AUGCAUCUCCGCAACGAAAAACGCUACUCACCUGACGACGGACCCUACAUUCCCCGUAAGCGUCGCCAACUCAGCACCAAAGAAGAUCUUGACCGAGCAAGACUCAUCACCAUCCAAAACGAACAGUCACCACUCUUCACCCGCUUGCCUCGCGAAUUGCGCGACAUGAUCUGGGAGCACGCAUUCGGCUCUGAUGAAACCGAAUUUCAUUACCGCGAGCUCGCUAUAGUCGCCAGCAACCGAAAGUACACCUACUGUGAUGACCAGUACCGGGGACUUCCUGACUGGCUACUUCUGUGCAGGACGAUUCUGGGAGAAGCGCUCGAAGUGUUCUAUACGACGCAGACAUAUGCUCCAAACAGGGAUUAUGGAAAUUCAAGACCAAGACCAAGGCCAGAAGAAAAUCGAAAUGACGUCUGA